AAAGCAAAGCAGAUAAAUUUUUGAAACUUGCACUAAAGAGCUCUGACCAAAGCCUAGCGAUGCCCAUUGUGCAGGUGCUACAAAAGAAAACGACAAUAUGAACAGUAACAGCAGCAACAAUAACAACUGGGCAACAUUUACCAACUUGUGCAUUGCAGCAACGCUACUACGUAUAAUACUAUUACUAUAUGGCGAAUGGCAAGACGCGUAUCUUACAGUUAAAUACACCGACAUUGAUUAUAUGGUGUUUACCGAUGCAGCACGGCAUGUCACUCGAGGAGAAUCACCAUUUGCACGAGCAACCUACCGAUAUACGCCCUUAUUAGCGAUCCUCCUGACACCCAACAUUUACUGGUUCUUUUCAUUCGGCAAAUGCGUCUUUGCACUGACUGACAUUCUGGUCGGUUACUUGAUACAUCAAAUCCUGGUAUUACGCGGUAUGCCGUCAGAAAAGGCACUAUGGCUGGACUCGUUGUGGCUAUUGAAUCCAAUGGUAGCCAAUAUAUCAACACGUGGUAAUGCGGAAUCGCUGCUGGCUGCCAUGGUACUGGGCACACUCUACUUGGUAAUUACGCGCCGAUUUUACCCUGCCUGUGCAUUGUUUGGCCUGGCCGUACAUUUCAAGAUAUACCCAAUCAUCUAUGCCGUUCCGUUGCUGUUCUUGCUGGAUAAACGGUACGGCGAUCCCGUCGAAUUCCCGCAAAUGAUGUGGUCAUAUCAGCAGACUCGGCUGUACGUUUUGCAGCGCUAUCUUGCAGAUGGAGGGGCUAAAUUUGAAAUCAACGAACCGCCAACUUUGUCAUCAUCGUCGUCACUUUCAGGAUCACCAGACGAGGAUAAUACAACAAUACGCGAUCGUGCUGUUAACCAGAUCCGAGGUGUUUUGCGACAAUGUGCGUUAUUCUUUACACCAUCACGGAUACUUUUUGGUGUUGUAAGCGCUGCGGUAUUUUUUGCUCUGACGUGGUGCAUGUAUCAACUUUAUGGCGAUGAAUUCUUACAGCACACAUACUUGUACCAUGUCACACGCAAAGAUCACCGACACAAUUUCUCUGUCUGGUUCUAUCAGAUGUACCUGGCAUUUGAUGCACCCGUGGUUGGCAAACUGAUGGGCCUCCUGGUAUUUGUGCCCCAACUGGCUUUGGUGGCAGCAACAGGAAUUGUAUUUGCAAAAGAUAUAUUCUUCGCCUGCUUUAUCCAAACUUUUCUAUUUGUCACAUUUAACAAAGUCUGCACUUCGCAGUAUUUUAUGUGGUAUAUAUGUCUUCUUCCACUCAUUUUACCUUCUACUACGAUCCGCUUUCGCUGGAAAGGCUUAAUUCUCGUUAUUGCUUGGGCAGCAGGACAGGGUAUCUGGCUUCAAUACGCCUAUAAUCUCGAGUUUCUGGGCGAGAAUACCUUCUUCUCGCUCUGGAUCGCCAGCGUUAUAUUUUUCAUCAUCAACUGCUGGAUCGUCGUUGAAUUAAUAUUGAAUCAUCGUUUCGAAUACGUAUACGGUACGACAGGUCGUAUCCGGUGGGUAUGGGGUUUAGGCGAACCUGGCGUUGUUGUAGCUCCCGACAGAGCAAAUAGAAGUGCACGGGCAUAUUAAUGCAGAAGAAAUAAAUAAAAAGGGAAAAGCGGUUAUUCCAGGGAAAACCCUGUCAAGUCCAAGUUUCCCGUCACUUCCGAUCCAAAAACCUGUGUUUCCCGCGUCCUAUUAUCUGAUUCGCUGGGAUCUGGCUAAAAGGAUUCCCGCUUUCUCGAUUAAUCCGAUCCGAGAUCUGCCUGUUCCUGGUAUUCCCCCCUACUAGGUGGAAUAUGGUUAUUCCUUGCACAUCACUAUAAAUAUCGAGCGUGACGCUUCUCGUCAUUCUUUUACUUAGCAGC